UGUUUUGUGACUUUCAGUGAUCAAGAUCAUCUAGGAUACUUCGAGUGUGCUCCGGCCCAAAAAGGAUCUUUGCCCAGAGUUUGUGUCUAGUUGCCAAUUGUGUUGUACCAAAGCAUCAAAACGAGAAUCAUGAAAUUUGUAAUUGUACUCGCUAUCGCUGUUGUGGCAGUGUCCGGCCAAAUCCGACCGGGACCAGGUGGACCCUUCCCGGGUCCUAUUAGACCAGCUCCUUAUGGUGGACCGGAAGCUGGAGCUGUUAUCCUUAACCAAGUUUACGAACCAAACCCAGAUGGUUCUUACAUCUACAGCUACGAAACCAGCAACGGAAUUCGUGCGGAGCAGCGAGGUUUCCUGAAAAAUCCAGGAACUCCAGGAGAAGCUCAGGUCAUGCAAGGAUCUUACUCCUACACCGGACCUGAUGGCGUUGUCUACACGAUCAACUACAUCGCCGACGAAAAUGGAUACCGAGCAGAAGGUGCUCACAUCCCAUCGGCUCCCCGAUACAACCCACGAUUCCCUGGCCAAGGUCCAUUCUAGAUCAAGGAGUGGGAUGACAUUCCUAGCGCCAGUUACCCCCAGAUGAUACUUACUGCUAACUAGUUUCCACGUGUAAAGCUUUACUUUUUUGCCCCCACUUUUGUACAGCAACUAGCCAAACCUCAAGAGCGCAAUCGUGAUUAGCUAAGCUCGACUCUUCUCACUGACGAUUACAGACAGCAUCGGUAAUCGUCAGAACGUUAAGUGAUUACGACCAUUCCUCUUUUUUCCGAUAGCUUCUAAGUGUUGCUACUCCUCCUACUUCCGAAUCGCGUGACAUCUCGCUCCACGAUCCCACGACUCAUCAUAGGUGGUCGAUCCUCCCUUUUUUUUCUCCAGAUCAAAUCGCUUCGUUCCCAGCUAACUGAACAGCAAUCUGCCAUUUUCAUUCAGCUCUCCACUGACUGUGUGCAUGAAUCAUUCUCUGAACGUAAUUUAUUUCUUCUGCUUAGUUUUCCCGCUCAUACCCUAUACCUACACCCAUCCCAGCAUCCUCACUCACCCAUUGUGUUUGUACAGUAAUGACAUUAACAGCACCCUCAAACGAUAAAUUGUGAUUAUUAUGUGUGUGUAAAAAUAUAAAUAACUAUACGUAAAAAUACUCUUUGUUUGUUGUGAUCAAAUAAGCCAUUUUUGCAGUUACAUUAUGUAUACCCAAACGAGAGCAAGUUUGAAUUGAAAUGAACAGAAUAAAGCAACCGCCCAAAAAGAAGGGGCUUUUCUUGAAACCAAAA